GUGACAUUAAUUUUCAAAUAAUUUCAAUAUUUUCCUUUAUUUAACCCCGUAGACCCAACCCAUUGCUAUGUGAGCAUGUAACCAAACACAGAACUUUCUUACUGAGCUGUUCCUUCUUUUUGCAGGAAUUCGGAAGCCGGGAGCGUUCUACACUGAGAUCGGUCCAGUUCUCAAUAAGCACACAUGGUCAGCGGCCACCGAGUGGACAGGAGGCCCCAGCUGGGGACUUGCAGCACCCGCAAAACUCACUGCUCCAGGGAUAACCCGCCGGGCCUACUAGCUGCCAUCUGGUUCCCGGCCGCGGUCCCUCUGCGGUCCUGCCUGCAGCUCCGGGGUUCCCUCCUCGCAGGGCGCACCCCCUCCGCCUUGUCAACCUAGUGGCUCCGUGGCGGGCGUGAGCCCCCGGCCCCGCCGGGGCGGGCCAGGCCGGGCCCCGCCUCUCUCGCCGCGCCUUGGGGCCGCCUCCUGAGCCCGGACUCCGCCGCCGCCGCCGCCACCGCUGCCGCCCGAGAGCCGGGCCGCGCCGGGCCGGGCCGGGCCGGGCCGCGCCGCCACCAUGCUGAGCCGGCUCGGGGCGCUGCUGCAGGAGGCCGUGGGGGCGGAUUGGUUUGGAGUGCCAGCUCCAGAGCCCAGCACUGGUGGACACUGAGGGCGUGGAGGGCUGUCUGGAGCCCAGGAUACCUGUGGCUGCCACCUAGAUUGUGUCUCUGUUCUCCCUGCAGCGGGAACCCAGUAUUGACCUGCUGGAGGCCUUCGUGGAGCACUGGAAGGGCAUCACAAACUACUACAUCGAAAGCACAGAUGAGAACACUCCGGCCAAGAAAACAGACAUCCCCUGGCGGCUGAAGCAGAUGCUGGACAUCCUGGUAUAUGAGGAGAGGCAGCAGACAGCAGCCAAUGAGGCAGGGCCCUGCCUGGAGUACCUGCUGCAACACAAGAUCCUUGAGACACUGUGCACAUUGGGCAAGGCUGAGUACCCCCCAGGCAUGCGGCAGCAGGUGUUCCAGUUCUUCAGCAAGGUACUGGCCCAAGUGCAGCACCCACUUCUGCACUACCUCAACGUCCACAGGCCUGUGCAGAAACUUCUCCGACUUGGUGGGACAGUUCCUGGAUCCCUCACAGAAAAAGAAGAGGUGCAAUUCACCACUGUCCUCUGCUCUAAGAUCCAGCAGGACCCGGAUCUGCUUGCUUACAUCCUGGAAGGUAAAAAGAUGGUCGGGAAGAAGAAGGCGUCCAGAGAACCUAGUACCCUACCAAGAGAGGCAGCUGGGACCAAGGACCACAGCCCCAACUGUGAUCCCCGUGGGGCCUGGUCCCCCACCAGCCCUCUGCCCAUAGAGCCAGAAGGAGGAAUGGGGGAGAGCAACCUGAUCACCUUCCUCAUCGGGCUGUGCAAGAGCAAGAAAGGCCGGGUAGCCCUGAAGGCCCAGGAGAACCUGCUGGUCCUGGUGAGUGUGGCUUCCCCGGCAGCCGCCACCUAUCUGGUGCAGAGCAGCCCUUGCUGCCCUGCCAUCGUCAGGCACCUCUGCCAGCUGUACCAGGCCAUGCCUGCCUACCUGGACCCUGCUGACAUCGCCACAUUAGAAGGUAUCAGCUGGAGGUUACCCAAUGCCCCAUCCGAUGAGGCAGCCUUCCCUGGCCGGGAGGCCUUGGCUGCCUUCCUGGGCUGGUUUGAUUACUGUGACCACCUCAUCAUGGAGGCGCACACAGUAGUUGCGGACGCCUUGGCCAAGGCUGUAGCUGAGAGGUUGUUGAUGGAGAUUCUUCAGCCUCAGCUCCUGCAUGUGUCCGAGCAGGGCAUCCUGACCUCCACCAGCCUGCUCACCGCUAUGCUGCGCCGGCUGCGCUCCCCUGCACUGCUGCGCGAGACUGUGGCCUUUCUCCUGGGCACCGAGCCUCCUACCACCACCCCCGAGGACAGGCCCCCCACUCUGUGUGCCCACCUCAUCAGACACUGUGACCACCUGUCCGAUGAGAUCAGCAUUGCCACACUGCGGCUAUUUGAAGAGCUGCUGCAGAAGCCCCAUGAGCAGAUCAUCCACAGCCUGGUCCUGUGCAACCUGGAGGGCCGCCCCUAUGUGGCCCGAGGCUCUGCAGAGCCUGAGAGUUACGAGGAUACCCUAGACCUGGAGGAAGACCCCUACUUCACUGACGGCUUCGACACCAGCUUUCAGCCUGCUGCAAAGCCUCCCCCAGCCCCCGCUACCAACUCGGAUGGCAAAACAGCAGUGACAGAGAUUGUCAACAGUUUCCUUUGCCUGGUUCCUGAGGAGGCCAAGACCUCAGCAUUCCUGGAGGAGACGGGAUAUGACACCUAUGUCCAUGAUGCUUAUGGACUGUUCCAGGAGUGUAGCUCCCGAGUGUCCCCCUGGGGCUGGCCCAUGGGCCUCACGCCCCUGGACUCCCAUGAGCCUGAACGACCUUUCUUUGAGGGUCCCUUCCUACAAAUGCUGUUUGACAGAAUGUCUCGGAUUUUGGAACAGCUUUUUAAGAGCCCCUGCCCCCUACCUUCCUGGGUAGGAAGCCCCAUCUCGCCUCUGCUCCACACGCCCCAACAUGCUCUGGCCCUCAGCCCCAGGGAAUCCAUGACACAUACAUAUCACCCAUAUAGCCUGAACCUGCAAGUGACCUCAGUCCUGUCCCGACUUGCCCUCUUCCCUCACCCCCACAUCCACGAGUACCUCCUGGAUCCCUAUAUCAGCCUGGCCCCCGGCUGCAGGAGCCUGUUCUCUGUGCUGGUCAGGGUGAUUGGGGACUUGAUGCAGAGAAUUCAGAGGGUCCCUCAGUUCCCAGGCAAACUGCUCCUGGUGCGCAAGCAGCUGAUGGGUCAGGUCCCUGGGGAGCAGUUGGACCACCAGACCCUCCUCCAGGGUGUGGUGGUGCUUGAGGAGUUCUGCAAGGAGCUGGCUGCCAUUGCCUUUGUCAAGUUCCCACCACACGGUCUUCACCUGAGCCUCCCUCUGUCCCCAGAAGGGCACGUCUGAGCCAGGAGCAUGAUGGGAGGGGAGGCUCCUCCAGCCUCCUCCUCCUGCCUGGCACUGCCACCACCUCUCUCCUCCCAGAGCAGGGCUUGGCUCUAUCUCAACAUCCCAGGGACUGUGGCUGGGUGCUAGAGAAUGGACUCCAAGGUGGCUAUGGCAAGAAGUGGGAGAGAUGGCCUUCCAGGAGCAGAGUGACCUCGGGGCCCUGGGGGAAGCUGGUUAAGGGCCAGCUGAGUGUUUGAACCCAACCCGUGUGUUCUGUGCCUGACACCUUUCUCCGCUGCCAUCUGUGGCUGGGGCCAACACCUGUAACUACAUUGCCAGGGUUCCAAGGGGAAUGCACCAAGUCUUCCACACUGGUCCGUGUGCCAGAGAGACAAUGGCCCAGAGCUUUGUGUCUGUCACAUGAGGUACAAUAGAUGCUGCUGUGACUUAAUGUUUUUUUCCCUCUUUACUUCUUGGCCUAGUCCAUGGGGAAGGGGCUAUAGCAAGAGAAGCCCCCUCUUCCUGCUCAGCCCUCCCAGAGACUAUUGCAAAAUUUUCAGCUGCCUCCUGGCAAAGGCCCAGAGCCUGCUCCGCGCCCAAGUGGGGGCAGCUGCUAAUGAGAACCUUGAUGCAACGGCUUCCAGGGCGGGAGAGGGCCUGGGGAGCCAGGGUGGGCAGUGCCAGGCUCUGGCUCCAGCUGGUUUUUUACUGGCGCCUUCUGAACUCGUCUCGGCAAGUCCACAACACCUGGGCAGAGGGUCUCGGUGGCUAGGGGAGGCCCAGCCUCACACUCAGCCUCCUGCCCAGCCCCAUGUUUCUGGUGGGAUACGCCUCCAGGGAGCAAAGGGUAUGCCAAGGCCAGGAUGCCCACCUGACCACAGGCCCCCAGGCCCAGCAGGGAAAGGCCAGGCCCCAGGCCCGCCAGUGGUGGUGGUAUUCUCCCUGUGUGCCCUCCAUGGCUUGGGCUGCCACCCUGCCCAGCCUGAAUCUGUCUCGACCUGCAGGAACACACAGGCGGCGCCAGGCAUUACCUCACAGUGGGACUGCAGUGGCUGGCUUUGCUCCUGGGCAAGGAGGAGCAGGCCAGAGCCCCCUUGCGCUUCCUUUUCCUGCCCAUACCGCUUCUAGAUGCUGGCCGCCUUGCAGAUUGCCAAGAGGUGACAUGAAAGAGGAGGAAACUCAGUGACCUCUACCUAUCCCACAUUCCUCUGGGCUGGGGAGGACUUAAAACUGCUGUGCUGGGAGAUGCAGCCUUGCAUGUGUGUGCAUGUGAGUGCACACACACUGGGUGCUGGUAGGGGGCUGGGGAGCUGAGCAAAGCAGGUCGGCUGGGUCUGAACUUCCUUUCAGAAGACAUCUGAGGGUCCAGGGCUCCUAGAUGCCACAUUCUGGCAUCCACACACUGUCCACCUGGACCCCACAGCAAUAAAUGGCUGCAGACACA